AUGGCUGGCGAUGGCCAGCACCCGCAGGGGGGACACCCGACGCUGCCCCAGGCUGCGCAGGUGGUCUCGAAGUACAUGGCGCCAACGCCGAAGCACAGCGCGCCAGACGGCAGCAUGCGGCCGCCCGAGCCCAAGCAGCCGCCAAGGGCCGCCCAGCAGGCUCAACAGAGCCAGUGUGCCCAACCCACAGGCAACCCUGCCCAUGGGCCAAGCACCGAACCUCCGAAAUGGUUCGCGGACCUGUUCCUGACCUUGCAACCACUAGGCAAGGGCAAGAGCCAGAGGAGAGGAUCUAGCCAGGACAAAAUGGAGAUGAGGAAGUAUUGGCAGGUCUGUGAGAAGGUCAAAAACCUUUCGGAGGAGUUGAUGCAGGUGCAACUGGAGGCAUCGUCGCGGGUGUCAGCUCUGAUGAUGGAGAGGUCCAACCUCCAAGGGCAGCCGCAAGCUCAGGCAGGUUGGCGCAUUUGUCGGACGGCCGGGUGA